AUGGCAGGUAGGACUCACGCUGUUCUUGCGCACGAGAGGCUCAAGCUCACGCUUCAAGCAGACUUGAAUAGCAACAACUCGUUCGACUCCGGGGCCAGCCUCUUCGCUGGCCUCGGGCACGAGGUGUCCUGGGAGGCACCGCCAACCGCCUUCACCGCUAUCAACCCCCACUCGGUGUCGGGCUCUACGCGCACAGUGUCUCCCAAGGACAUCUUCGCGGACCCUUUUCAGUCUGCGCCACCUUCCACGACGUUCACCAACAUUACUUCCCCAGACGUCGACCAGUCGCCCUUCAUCACUGACAGUUUCGAGACAUCGCCCAUGUUCCAGGGUGACUCGUACAUGCCAGCCGACAACUGGUUCUCUCUCUUCCCAGAGGAGGACAAUAAGGGUGCCGCGCCAGCGGUUUCUGCUCCCCUAGUCGCUCCGGCUCUUGAGCGCACUGUCAGCAGCAACACAACCAAGUCCAGCGGCUCCAGCGUUAACUCGCCCAUCGUCACGUCUGCGAACUCCCACAGGAGGAAGUCAUCUGUCAACGGCUCACCCGCCACGAAUGCAUCAAUAACCAAGCCCCGCCGCCGGAAAGGACCUCUCCCCUCCAUCAUGGUGGACCCCAAUGACAAGGUGGCCUUGAAGCGAGCGCGCAAUACGCUUGCCGCUCGUGACUCGCGUCAACGGAAAUUCGACCACGUCAACCUACUUGAGAAGCGCAACCAAGAGCUAGAGGCCGAAGUGGAGAAGUGGAAGCAGAUCGCCUUGGCUCAGGGGUAUUCCCCAUCAUGA